AUGAGUUACAGACUAUUUCUACUAGCAUCGUUCUUUCUCUGUCAACUUGCUUUUUCUUCAUCCAUACCUCAUUUGUGCAACAAAGAUGAAAGCAUUUCCCUUGUAACAUUCAACAAAUCGCUUACUAUAGAUCCGUCAGCAUCUGCUGAUUGUGAUUAUUCUGGUCAGCCAUACUAUGGAAAAAUAAGUUCAUGGAAUAUGAGCAGAGAUUGCUGCUCGUGGGAUGGAGUGAUAUGUGAUGAGAUAACUGGACAUGUUGUUGAACUUGAUCUCAAUUGCAGCCAGCUUGUAGGGAACAUCGACUCGAAUAGCAGCCUUUUCCAACUCUCUCGUCUCCAAAGGCUCAAUCAUUCUAGGAACACAUUCUCUAACUCACAUAUUUCUCCUUUAUUUGGCAGGCUUUCGAGUUUGACACAUCUUGAUCUUUCCUACACGUCUUUAUCUGGUCAAAUUCCUUCGGAAAUAUCUCAUCUUUCCAAGUUACAGUCUCUUCAUUUACUAAACUACGAUAUACAACUUGGACCUCACAAUUUUAAAAUUCUCCUUCAGAAUUUGACUCAAUUAAGACUGCUUGAUCUUAGAUUAGUAAACAUCUCUUCCACCAUCCCUCCAAAAUUUUCUUCUCAUUUAACGACUUUGAGACUGGGAGAUACAGAUUUGUACGGGAUAAUACCUGAGAGGAUUUUUCACUUGUCGAACUUGAAAGAACUUGACUUAUCCUACAAUGAUCAUCCCAGUGGUUAUUUUCCGACGACAAAAUGGAAUAGCACGGCAUCUAUCGAGGAGUUAUAUCUCUCUCAAGUGGAUUUUUCUGGUAGUUUCCUGCCUGAAUCUAUUAGCUAUCUAACUUCCUUGCGUUACGUGAUGCUUAAUUCUUGCAAUCUAUCGGGGAAAAUUCCAAAAUCUCUUUGGGAUCUCACCCGUUUAGAGCAUCUGGACCUUAAAGAUAACCUACUUGAAGGAUCAAUUCCUCUAUUUACAAGUGGACUGCAGAAUCUAUCUUACCUUCGGUUAUUGAAUAACUUGCUAAAUGGAGUGAUACCAUCCUGGAAAUUCUCCCUGCCAUCACUGAGUAAACUUGACUUGAAGGAUAACCACUUUUGCGGUCAACUUGAGGAUUUCAGUAUUUCGCUGACCAAUGAGAACAAUGUCAAUUCUACCUUGCCUCAAUCUGUUGAAUCGUUGGGGUUGUCCGGUUGUGAAAUAAGAGAACUGGAUUUUUUGAGAUCAGCAAAGCAGCUUUCGUACUUGGAUCUUUCAAAUAACAAGAUUCAAGGAAGAAUUCCUGAUUUUGCAUUGUCUAAUUGGAUGAAUUCCAUGUCAAAUCUUAAUCUAUCCCACAACAUGUUGACAAGUAGUAACCAGAUUCAUCUUCUUCCUCUUCUUGAUAUUGAUUUGCAGUCCAAUUUUCUUCAAGGGCCGCUACCAAUUCCACCGCCCUCUGUGCAAUUGUUCUUCAUGUCAAAAAAUAGUCUCACUGGGGAGAUCCCUUCUUCUUUUUGCAAUUUGACAUUGUUAGGAUCGAGAAUCCGGAUAGUGCGGAAUUAA